CUAAGAUAAUAAAUACUAACGGCAGAAGGGUUUUGGCACAUAAUUCUAUUACCCGUGAUUCCGACCAGUGCCAGUUGUGAUAAAAAAAUAAUAAUCAUGGAGAAAAAAGUAAACCAGAACAUACUCCGCAAGAGGGGUAGACCCGCUGGUAAAAAUAGAGUGCCUUUGUCUCAGAAUGAACGCAGAGCUAGAAACGCGCAGUAUGAAAGGGAACGCAGAGAAGAGAUGGUGGGUGCGUUUGCAGACUUGGCUGCGGCUGUUGGCGUCACCGGUUCCAUCUCAAAUGCAGAACUCCUGGCAACAGUAAUCACAGAGCUCCAACGAGCUUCGCAGGUCAAGCAUAGCAGUGACUUAGACUCGUUGCGGCGGUGUAAUAAGAAUCUUAUGGCUCAGAUUGAGACCUUGGAGCAGCGGCUUACAGAAUGUGAUGAGAUCGAGAGCUCCGGACCCCCGACUCGAGAACUCACGGACACGUCUCGACCGGUCAAAAGGAAGCGGGAGGAUUGUGAGACGCCGGUGGAUAUUCCCAUUCCGAAGCCUUCGUUAGAUUUUGUAAUCAAGUUGGAUCAUGAAAAUGAACACCCCGUGCCAGAACAUUUGUCGGUGCAAGAGAUUCUGCCAGCGGAUUUGCAGACGUCAUCGGAGAGCAGCGCCUUUGACCAUCGGGAGCGUGGUGUCAAAUAUUCACCUUUCGCAAGGCCGCACAUGCCCGCUCCUAAGUGUGAGAUAGAGACCUCUGACCACAUUCAACUUGUGCCGCCUUAUACUGAGCAGAUCUACUAUCGCCAUGCAUCCCAGCAGUGUCAUGCCGGUCCUUUUUCAUCAAACUCGUCAUUCAAACAAGACCACACGAGCUUCAGCGGAGAGAUAAAGCAUUCGCUCGACAAUAGCUGUUUGCCUACGGAUCCCUGGCUCCCGAUCGUGGCGACGUCGGAUCAGAACUUCCCCGCUUCGAGGGAGUCACCAGUGAACAGCACCUCUGACCAACAGGAUUACGUUGUCGACUAUUCCACCUAUCACUUCGCCGGGCCACAGGUUCCCACACCCGAGUAUCAGCUAGAUACUACGGUUGAACCGUCUGGAUAUAUCAAUCCUGUACAGCCAUACACAGAGGAGGCGUACUGGCACCAUUCACCCUGGCUGUGUCGCUCCGGCCCUUUUUCACCGGAAGAGCAGUUGUCGCCAUCUCAGUACCUGAAUCCUGGGACACAACUCGGAUUUUGAUAUGAUGAGCCAUUAUGGAAAUUGUUAUAAAUAAAUGUUUUAGUCAGUCUUGCUGUUUUCAUUGUCAUAUAUAUAUAUAUAUAAGGUGCCUAACUAAGUACUAGGUUUUUAAAUGUUAAAUUGCCUAUUACACAGUCUCUCCAGGCAGCACAAGAAUUAGCUGAAUAUAAAUCUAAAAAGAGAGAAUCAUAACUUUUUAUCAGCUACAUAAUUAUAUUAUUUUAUAACUGUGUGGGCACUUACUUGUUAUCAAAGUUAUACCUGUUAAUGCACGUUAUAUUAGAGAUAAAUAUGCGAUGGCAGCAAUAUUAAUCCUUAUUGCCCCGCAAAGAUGUAGAAAAUAUCUGAGUAGGUGUUCAUUAUAUAUUCUUUUAUCGGCGUAAAGCUACCUAAAAGCGUUAUUAUUACCUAAUUUUACAUCUUCAAACAUAUUUUAGGAGUUCAUUAACUAACAAACAAUAAAACCUACCUAACUAUACAUUUUAAAUGCUCUUAAUUUUUUUUACAAUUAGAUGAUUACACUAUUAGGUGUCACUAAAUAAAGAAUAGUUGAAUAAUGCAAUGAAUUAUGUUACAGUUCGUAGUUUUUGUCGAUUUUUAUGAUGACGAUCGGUUUGGCCUAGUGGGUAGUGACCCUGCCUACGAAGCUUAUGGUCCCGGGUUCAAAUCUUGGUAAGGGAAUUUAUUCGUGUGAUGAGCAUGUAUAUUUGUUCCUGAUUCAUGGGUGUUUUCUAUGUAUUUAAGUAUUUAUAAAUAUUUAUAUAUUAUAUAUAUCGUUGUCUAAGUACCCUCAACACAAGCCUUAUUGAGCUUACUGUGGGAUUUAGUCAAUUUGUGUAAUAAUGUCCUAUAAUAUUUUUUAAUAAAUUACUCAUUUUACUUCAUUUAUUAAAAUUCACAAGUAGCCUAAUGUGGCGAUAGUGUGUUACUUGAAUUUAAUAUUUUGUUAUAAUAAAAAAGUAUUGUUACUGGACCAAACAAGCUCUUACGCAUUAUUGCCAGUAAAAUAAUGAAUAUAAAUCUAUAUUGGCACUAAAGUAUCGCAGGAAUUACAAUUCGAUCAUGAUAAUAACAAUAAGUAAUAACUAGUGCAACUUUUAAUCUGAUCUCGCUCAAUGGUAUGGCGUUAUCGCUGCUAGCCACGCCCCUUGUCUUCGGUGGUGGUAAUCUGCGUUUGCGCAUUACGUCAUUAUUGGUGGUCACUAACGUUGCUAUCUUGUUUUCCUGCCUUGCCUCAGUCUGAAAGAAAAUAUUUUCCUUCUCGACAAAUUUUUUUCAUAACCCUACUUUUCGCCGAUGUUCAAAUCAUGUCGUAAAAAUUGUGUUUCGCGCACUGCACAUAUUAUUUUAUUUUUGCUUCAUGACUAGCAUGACUGGGCCCAUAACCUGUUGUUAUUUGAAUAACUAACACUGAGCUUAAGAUUUAUAUUAUUUAUUAAAGAACGACAUUCUCAUAACGGAGAUAUGAUAAUGAGAUAAUGAGAACAAAAGAACAGUACUGUCGACUCUUCAAACAGCUAAAACUUAAAUGAGGUUCAUAUACUAGGAACAUAUACUAACUCCAUGUAUUUGCAUUGCUGUAUGACAUUUGGAUAGGACUAACAGACCUAAAUUUCUGACCUAUGAAGGCAGACUUAGCCGCGCCGCAGACUUUCUUGAACACUUUUGAAUAUUAUCUUACAUAAUCCGCAAAAUUCUCGCCAUGGUUAAUAUUCCUCAUUUCAUACAGGUCAUACUCGUACAAUCUAUUACUACUCUUAUGGAUGCCCACUGUGGCCCAUUCACUAAACCUUGUUUUCAGUGAUCCUUGCUUUAGAGUCUUUGUUUUGAAAAUAUUCUUGUGGACGUCAUUCGACAGUUCCUUGUAUCGUAUAUCAGGAUCUUGUUCACCUGUAAUCAGCGCUGGUACCUUGGAUAUGCAUGAUGCCUUUGUCAUGAAGAAAAAAUGUAUUCGCAUAAUCCUCAAUAUUAAACAAACAACAAGUUGCAAACCACACUUUAUUAGACUAGGAGUUUUAACCUUACAUUCAAUUUGCAUUUUAGAGUCAGCCACAUUUGUUCGUAACAAUAUCGUUUUAUUCAAUUUCAAUACAAACCCCCGCCGUAAUUUAGAUCUAAUUCUGACGAAUCCAAAAAUUGAAAUUUUCAAAAAAGGACCAUACUACACGUCGAUACAAAUCUACAACCAUGUCCCCAGUUUUAUCAAAUCAGAAGAAAACAACUAUAUAUUUGAAAGAAAAUUAAAGCAGCAUUUAUUAAAAAUAGCGUAUUA